AUGCGAGGCUUCCGGCCAGGCCUGACCGCGCGGCGUUUCUUCACCUUGCGGCUCCCUCCCCGGCCGCCGCGGCCGCCCGGGACCCGGCUGUCUAGCGGGCUGGGGGCGGCGGCCGGCGCCCUGGAGCAGGCCAUGGAUGAGCUACUGCGCCGCGCCGUGCCGGCCAGGCCGGUCUACGAGCUGCGCGAGAAGACACCGGCGCCGGCCGAGGGCCAGUGCGCGGACUUUGUCAACUUCUACGGCGGCCUGACUGAAGUGGCCGAGCGGGCCGAGCUGCUGGGCCGCCUAGCGCAGGGCUUCGGCGUGGACCACAGCCAGGUGGCCGAGCAGAGCGCCGGCGUGCUCCAGCUGCGCCAGCAGCAGCGGGAGGCGGCAGUGCUGCUGCUGGCCGAGGACCGGCUGCGCUACGCUCUGAUGCCGCGUUAUCGCGGCCUCUUCCACCACAUCAGCAAGUUGGACGGCGGCGUGCGCUUCCUGGUGCAGCUGCGGGCCGACCUGCUCCAGGCGCAAACCCUGAAGCUGGUGGAGGGGCCGCACGUCCGGGAAAUGGAUGGGGUGCUGAAAAGCAUGCUCUCAGAAUGGUUCUCUUCUGGGUUCCUCAACUUAGAACGGGUCACCUGGCAUUCACCAUGUGAGGUGCUUCAGAAAAUCAGUGAGUCUGAGGCAGUGCACCCUGUAAAAAAUUGGAUGGAUAUAAAGCGCCGUGUUGGACCUUAUAGAAGAUGCUAUUUUUUUUCUCACUGUUCCACCCCUGAGGAGCCCCUGGUGGUUCUGCAUGUGGCCCUGACCAACGAUAUCACCAGCAAUAUUCAGGCGAUAGUGAAGGAAUGUCCUCCCUCAGAAACUGAGGAUAAGAACAAAAUCGUCGCUGCGAUUUUUUACUCCAUCAGUUUGACCCAACAGGGUCUACAGGGCGUUGAACUAGGAACGUUCCUUAUAAAACGUGUCAUAAAGGAACUGCAAAAAGAGUUUCCUGACCUUGGAACAUUUUCAAGUCUGUCGCCUGUACCUGGGUUCACCAAGUGGCUUCUGGGCUUGCUGAGCUCACAGAAGGAUCAUGGGCGGAGUCAGCUCUUCACUGACUCGGAAUCUAAGGAGAUCUCCGAGAUCAUCGGCGGGCCCAUCAACGAGACCCUCAAGGUCUUCCUCAGCAGCCAUGAGUGGGUGAAGUCUGAGAAACUGGUGCGGAUGCUGCGGGUGCCCUUGAUGAGGCUCUGUGCCUGGUAUUUGUAUGGCGAGAAGCACCGUGGCUAUGCCCUCAACCCCGUCGCCAACUUCCACCUACAGAACGGGGCUGUGAUGUGGCGUAUCAACUGGAUGGCCGACGUGAGCCUUAGGGGCAUCACCGGGUCCUGUGGCCUGAUGGUCAACUACCGCUACUACCUGGAGGAGAGGGCCACCCACAGCACCGCCUACCUGGGCUCGAAGUACAUCAAAGCCUCCGAGCAAGUCCUCAGCCUGGUGUCCCAGUUCCAGAAGAACAGCAAGCUGUAAAAAUAAACCUUUCCCAAAGCAGGCAUCCCUGGCUCAAAAAAGGUUAAUUUUCUGGAUGGGUCCCAGAGGGUUAUGUAUCCAAAGGAGCUUUUUUAGUAAAGCAAAAAAUCCUGCUAUGUUCUCUUCCCCAUAGCUGGGCCCCACCCACUCUCAUUGCAGGGGGAAGCGUGCAGUACUGGUGCAAGGUGGUGGUGGGCCCAGGUGAGCGUGUGCUCGCCGAUGGAGGAGCACGACCAAGCAGGGGCGCUGUGCCUGCUCCAGAGUCUGCCGUUGCCUCUGGCCUGGCUCCCUGCCCAGGUCAGGGCUGUGACCUCUCCCAUCUUCCAGGAGGUUCCAGGGUGGAUCAGUCAGCCUCGCAAGGACCAGAAUGAGCAGCCCAGAUGAGAGUAGAUUUUUCCUUUGAGGUUGUAGAAAAUAAUUCAGCAACGGUUGCUCUAGCUGUUUCGCUCCGCUCGUUACGAAGGGAAUUUGAAGAUUAUAAAUACAUGAAAAGGUUUGUGACUUUGCACAAAGUUUAGUAAGUUAAAUCACCGUUUGCGCACAAAAAGUACUGCUGCUUGGGGCAUAAAUUGGAUUCUAGACUUUAAAAUUACAGCAAUCCAAACUCAUGAUGAACUGAAUAUUAAAGAACAAGUUUGUUCUGUGAUGCAUUA